AUGGAGCAAGUCGACACAAGCGAUCGUCUACGCCAAUUGAGGGAUCUGAUGCGGCAGCAUAAGGUAGACAUCUACAUCGUGCCUUCCCAAGACGCACAUUCGAGCGAAUACAUAGCUCCAACAGAUGCAAGACGGGAAUUCAUAUCUGGCUUCUCUGGCUCGGCGGGCACAGCAGUGAUCACCCACGAUAAGGCUGCUUUAGCUACAGAUGGACGCUAUUUCAACCAGGCGAGCAAGCAAUUGGAUAGUAAUUGGGAGCUUCUGAAGCAAGGAUUACAAGAUGUGCCCACAUGGCAGGAGUGGACGAUCGAUCGAGCGGCAGCGACUGCCGAGCAAGCAGGCUUGACGGUGGGUGUCGACCCGACCACUAUCACCGCUCCAGAUGGCAGGAAGCUUGGUGAGAAGAUCAAGAAGAAGGGUGGAAAGGGUCUCGUGGGCAUUGCGGAGAAUCUGGUCGAUCAGGUCUGGGACAAGCAGAAACCAGCAAGACCCAACAACCCUGCUAAAGUGUUAGGGCUCGAGUAUGCUGGCAAGCAGUUCCAAGAUAAGAUCGAGGAACUGCGGAAAGAGCUCGAUAAGAAGAAAGCCGCCGGGUUCGUGGUGAGCAUGCUGGAUGAGAUUGCCUGGCUGUUCAAUCUGCGAGGAAGUGAUAUCCCAUAUAACCCGGUCUUCUUCUCAUACGCUGUGGUUACGCCUACUACGGUCACGCUCUACAUCGACGAGUCGAAGCUGGACGAGAGCGCGAAAGCACAUCUGAUCGGCAUCAACAUUCGACCCUACGACGCCAUAUUCUCAGACAUCACAGCACUUACACGACAACACCCUCCUGGAGUGAAUGGCGAUGCAAAAUCUGCCGGUGUCCCGAAAAGGAAAUAUCUUAUCUCGACGCAAGCCUCCUGGGCUCUCGCACAAGCCCUAGGUGGCGAAGAAAACGUGGAGGAAAUCCGCUCCCUCAUCGGCGACGCCAAAGCCAUCAAAAACAUCACCGAGCUAGAAGGCAUGCGAAAAUGCCACAUCCGUGACGGCGCUGCCCUGGUCGAGUAUUUCGCCUGGCUCGAAGACGAACUCCUCAAUAAGAAGACCACUCUCGACGAAGUCCAAGGCGCCGAUAAACUCGAGGAGAUCCGAAGUAAACACGAGAAAUUCGUCGGCUUGUCUUUUGACACAAUCAGUAGUACAGGCGCCAAUGCGGCAGUCAUCCAUUAUAAACCUGAGGUCGGUAAUUGCUCGACCAUCGAUCCUGGUAAGAUAUAUCUUUGCGAUUCCGGUGCUCAAUACUUUGACGGCACGACGGAUACGACGCGGACGCUGCAUUUUGGAGAGCCCACGGAGAUGGAGCGGGAAUCUUAUACGCUUGUGCUCAAAGGCCACAUCGCUCUCGAUCUCGCUGUUUUCCCGAAAGGUACGUCUGGCUUCGCGAUCGAUACGCUUGCGCGGCAACAUCUUUGGGCACAUGGUCUUGAGUAUCGACACGGCACUGGUCACGGGGUAGGCUCGUACCUCAAUGUCCAUGAAGGGCCGAUAGGGAUCGGUACGCGCAUCCAGUACAGCGAGGUACCCCUCUCUGUCGGCAACGUCAUCUCCAACGAGCCAGGAUACUACGAGGAUGGAAACUUCGGUAUUCGGAUAGAAAAUGUGGUUAUGGUGAAGGAGGUCCAGACAAAGCAUAAAUUUGGCGAUAAACCAUAUCUGGGUUUCGAGCAUGUUACUAUGGUGCCCAUGUGUCGGAAGCUGGUUGAUGUGGCUAUGCUCUUGAAUGUGGAGAAGGAAUGGCUGAAUGCUUACCAUCAGGAGGUGAAGGAGAAGACUUCGUCGUUCUUCAAGGACGAUGAAAGAAGUCGGAAGUGGUUGGAGAGGGAGUGUGCGACGUACUGA